GCAUCUCCUUACGAUGCUCCACUGCCUUGUGGGUUAGACCUUUAGGUCAAAGGCUUGGGGUGUGGCCCCCUAAGAUAACCACCUACUUCGUCUGGGCACCCGGGCAGUAUUACAGCCCACAUGCAAAUGAUGGACUCUCUCUAUCUAUGGAAACUACAUUUCUCGCUCCGACUAACAAUCAAAUGAUUCAAAUUAUUAUUAUUGUUAUUUACUACAUCAUUUUUCGGUUUAUACGGCAGCUCGUCCUUGGUGGAAAUUCGACUCUAUCUAAACGUUCUCGAGUCACUGUCCGGUUGAAAAUUGUAUGUUACCACCGAAUACGAGUAUUGAAGCAGUUUUUCUGAAGCCACGUGCACCAUUCAAACUGGCUGCUUUCAACGUUCGCACACUUAUGCAGGUCGGACAACAGAUGGGGCUAGCUAUGUCUUUGGAAAGUCUUAAUAUCGAUGUUUGCUGUCUAUCCGAGACCCGUAUUCAAGACUCUGGUGACGUACUACAAUUUCGAUCUCCAUCUAUCGCUUCUAAAAGCUUGUUCUAUGUGCGCUUAUCCGGGGACCCUGUGACAUCUUCGUCUGGUCUUGCUGGCGUUGGUGUCGCACUAAGCGCUAGAGCUGAGGCAGCACUAAUCGACUGGAUCCCCAUUAACAGUCGGUUAUGUGCUGUUAGAUUAGAGUUCCAUCAAAGUGAGAAGAAAUCAGCGUGAGAAACGAUGUCUUUUCGUCAUCUCCGCCUAUGCUCCGACAGAUUGCAGCCCAGAUGCAAUCAAG